CAUGCCGAGAACUGUCACCAACAAUCGCUACGCUCGCCAUUUUGGUUUACACUGGCAGUCAGGAUGUCAGGAACGAACAUCGAGACAUCGAGGCCUACCGUCAAUCUGCCGUCCGCCUGGCGGCAGAUGGUUAACUGGGUAUUGACAGCUGAUAUGAUAUGAUCAUGGCGGAAUCCACGAAGAAGACGGAGGAUGAUAAAGUUAAGUGCAAAAUCUUGAUCGUCGGCGCUGGGAUGGCCGGGCUGUCGGCCGCGAAUCAUUUGUUGAAAAAUUAUGAAAACGAUUUUCUAAUUGUCGAGGCUCGAGGGCGAAUUGGCGGACGUAUUGUCGCCACGAAAAUCGGAAAUGAGAAGGUAGAGCUAGGAGCAAAUUGGAUUCAUGGAGUUCUAGGAAAUCCAAUGUUCGAAUUAGCUAUGGCACACGGAUUGAUAGAUAUUGUACAUGUACCAAGGCCUCAUAAAGUUGUAGCUGCUAUGGAAGAUGGGAUACAAGUACCUUUUCCAGUUUUGCAAGAAAUAUAUGAAGCUUACGUGUGUUUCCUAAGGAGAUGCGAAGAAUAUUUCUUAAGUAGCUAUAGCCCACCGGAUGGAAUAAACAGUGUGGGAGAACACGUGGCAUUAGAGGCUGAAAUUUAUCUCUCAACUCUGCCAGUUGAGGAAAGAAAAGUCAGACAAUUGUUGUUCGAUUGUUUACUCAAAAGAGAAACCUGUAUUACUGGCUGUGAUAGUAUGCAAGACGUUGAUCUCUUGGAAAUGGGUUCGUACGCGGAACUUCAAGGUGGAAAUAUCAGUCUUCCGGAUGGAUACAGCGCGAUAUUGGAGCCGGUUGCGAAGCACAUACCCAAAACCAGCAUUUUGACUAAACACGUCGUCACGAAAAUUAGGUGGCAACGGAAUAAACGAGCGGAUAACGAUAAUUCUAAUAAUGGUUCCAAUGCGAAUCCAUCAAUCGAAGUGAAAUGCGAGAGCGGUAAAACGAUACUAGCAGAUCAUUUGAUCUGUACAUUGCCAUUAGGAGUACUUAAAGAGAAAGCGAACGACAUAUUCGAUCCUCCACUGCCGAAUUGCAAACUCGAAGCCAUAAACAGACUUUUGUUCGGUACCGUGGACAAGAUAUAUCUGGAGUACGAGAGACCGUUUUUAAAUCCCGGCGUGUCGGAAGUGAUGCUGCUAUGGGACGACAGAGGACUGUCCGAGGCGGAGAAACAAGACAUCGGUAAAACGUGGUACAGGAAGAUCUACUCUUUCACGAAAAUUUCAGAGACUCUGUUGCUGGGCUGGAUUUCGGGUAAGGCCGCUGAGUAUAUGGAGAAACUGAGCGGCGCGGAGAUCGCGGAUGUGUGCACAACGAUAUUAAGAAAAUUUCUGAGCGAUCCGUACGUCCCGGCGCCGAAAAAUUGUUUGCACACUUCGUGGCAUUCGCAGCCAUACACACGUGGUUCCUACACGGCUAUGGCCGUCGGUGCCAGUCAAUUAGACAUAAAUUGCUUAGCUGAGCCUAUACUACGAGAGGACGAUUCCUCGAAGAUCGCGAUAGUGUUCGCAGGAGAGCAUACGCAUUCUUCCUUUUAUAGCACGGUACACGGGGCGUAUUUAACCGGUAGAACAGCGGCUCAAGCGCUCCUGGAGUCGAGGAAAGAUGAGAAGAACUCAUUCAGCCUCAGCUGCGAUGACACGAGCGAUCUCAGCUCGUGGAUACAAGGGAUUUCAUUGAACUAGGUAUUGGAACAAAAUUUUCACACAACCGAGCACAAUUUAUUACCGUGGUAACGAACGAAUGUUUUACACACUGUUGGUGUCGGCGAUAAUUGUGAUUUAUAGAUGUUUAGUAUCUUGUAAACUGUUCUCAUUUUGUAAAUAUUAGAGCGAAUUGUUUAUAUUAUGUACAUAAGAACGCCUGGUUAAGAUUUUAAGGUAUCUCAUGAAUACGCAUUUUGCGAUUUUACCUCAUCGUCAAUUCCUUUUCAAGAGAGGAAUGACGGUUUUGUUAAAAUCGUACGCAUAAACGAUGCUUCAUUUUGCGGGAUCACCGGACCGAAAUUUUAUAUAAAGUGCUUUUCAAUAGGAGAUAAUUUAAGCGCCCGAGAUUAGUGACUGAUUGUUUCCACUCGUGAAACAAUGGAUAAGAUAUAAAUUGGUAUUACGUUAUCGUGACGAAGAAGAAAACAUUGCAACAGUUACUUUUACCACAUUUUGACAUGUUUUGAAGUAUUACGACAAAGUGCAUUUUAUCUAGUCAUGUUACCUUAGGUUUAAACUGCAUCUCUCACUAUUUUUUACGAUGCCUUUUUUUUUAGUAUCUUAAUUUGCAAAUCCAAUCACCGAUCAUACAUAUCUGUUUGUAUGUACGUGAGACAAUAGGCGAUUAGAUGAUCAUACAUUGUGUUUAAUGUGAUAGAAAUCCUCGCAAUACUGUUGGUUUUCUUACGUAAAUACAUUUCGUACCUUCUCGACGAUUUAUUUCAACACAUCAGAUU